UUCCUCCCGCCCUCCCCGUGGCGGAUGUGACGCACCGGAUGACAGUGUGUGACGACGGCGGGGCGUGCGCGUGGAGCGGCUCGGUAGCCAUGGACCCGCUGGACCGGGUGGUAAAACCUAAAACUAAGAGAGCAAAAAGGUUUCUUGAGAAGAGAGAACCCAAGCUGAAAGAAAAUACAAAAAUUGCUAUGCUCAUAAAAGGAGGAAAUGCAAACUUAAGGGUGACUGAAGUGCUUAAAGACAUUUAUGCUGUGAAGAAGCCUUUUGCUGUACUGUAUAGAAAGAAAAAUAUUACCAGGCCUUUUGAGGAUCAAACAUCAUUGGAAUUUUUUUCCAAGAAAUCAGAUUGUUCUUUGUUUCUGUUUGGCUCUCAUAACAAGAAGCGACCGAACAACCUGGUAAUAGGUCGCAUGUUUGACUAUCAUGUCUUAGAUAUGAUUGAGCUAGGCGUUGAGAAGUUUGUAUCCCUAAAAGAUGUUAAGAACAGUAAGUGUCCUGAAGGAACAAAACCGAUGCUGAUAUUUGCUGGUGACGUGUUUGAUGUAAAUGAAGAAUACAGAAGACUGAAGAGCCUUCUUAUUGAUUUCUUCAGAGGUCCUACCGUGCCCAAUAUUCGUCUGGCUGGUUUAGAGUACGUCUUGCAUUUCACAGCUGUAGAUGGGAAAAUUUAUAUGCGAAGCUAUAAGGUUCUUCUGAAGAAAUCUGGCUGUAAAAUACCAAGAAUUGAACUGGAAGAGAUGGGACCUUCAUUAGAUCUGGUUAUGAGGAGGACACAUUUAGCUUCAGACGACCUUUAUAAGCUGUCUUUAAAGCAGCCGAAAGCCCUGAAGCCUAAGAAGAAAAAGAAUAUCUCCCAUGAUGCGCUCGGUACAACUUACGGCCGAAUCCACAUGCAGAAGCAAGAUCUUGGGAAACUGCAGACACGGAAGAUGAAAGGGUUAAAAAAGAGGCCAGCAGAGAAGGCAGCUGAAGAUAGUGGGGUUAGUCCCAAAAAGUCAAAAUCAGCUUGAUAGUCAGGAACAGCUUUGAAAUCUUUUUGUACCUUCAAAUUUGGUAUAUAUACUGUAAUACAAAUGUGUCAGACGUAAGAUUUAGAUGCUGUUAACUUUAGUUUUAUACAGAAGUCUUUUUAAUGGUUUGUCAUUUUAGAGGGACAGGGGGGUAUUGAGCUUUAACACAGAACUUGGUAAUUUAAAAUAAAAAAUGUGAUAUAACUUGCUUAGUUUUCUGAA